CCGUCUGUCAUGCCGCUGCGCUGUGUGGAUUAACAGUGCGGGAGAGGCGACCUGCGAGGAGGACCGAGGAUCAGCAGGACUGGACCGUUAAGCUUCGGUGUGAGAGUCACGGGGCGGCAGCUUUACCGGGACGUUACCUGCUCUCCGGUUCUGCUCUGUUCUGUUUCUAUUGUGCUCUGCUUCUUUCUAUUUUCCCCCUCUUCUCUUUUACUGUCGACUGCAGAGGAGACGCACAGAGUUAACAGAGGCUGAGAGACGAGAACACAGACUCGGAGGGAGAGAGAGAGAGAGAGAGAGAGAGAGAGAGAGAGAGAGAGAGAGAGAGAGAGAGAGAGAGAGAAAAUCCAAAAAUUCGAUAGUGAAGGUCCAGCGGAAGUAACCAACCAGGAAAGGUACUGAUGUGGAUUGUUUAAUAACCGAGAAACUCUGCUUCACACUCUGGAUUUAAAAGACAAUUAUGGAAUAACUGCACUUUCCCACCCUUUCACCUGGGAUAUUUUCAAUCUUGCGGUGGAAUUCUUCCUGUUUCACCUGCCAGAGGUGAGAGGAGAAGAAAGGAGGAAGAGGUGAGGAGAAAGAACAAGAAAAAAGAAGGGUAGAGAGAGAGAGAGAGACUGGAGGAAGGAGAAAGGAGAGAGAAACGGCUUGGUGAGCUAGGAGAACCGUUCCAGCUUUCCCCCCCUCUCGGAUGGGAUUGUUCUCUCAGCAGGCGGAUGGAGGGAUGAAACCGGGAGCGAAGAAGACGGGGGAGAGUGAGAAAGAGAGAGGAGGGAGAAAAAGAGGAGGAUGUAGUCGUCGGGCGUUGUGAGAAUGCAAAGCGGACGCACCCCUCUGGAAGACAGGAUUGAACUAUAAACCCAAACGGAAUUUACAGCUACCCAAAGGAUAUUACACAUAUUUACCUCGAUACGCACAUACAUGGGGCAUAUUGUCUUGUGUGGAACCUAUUUGUGUGGAGUUACAACUAUCACCACCACUGUCUUUGUAAUAAUGGGAUUGGGAGAGAUAAUUGCGCCCUGACACUCGGUGAACCAAGGAAACAUAUACGGAAAGAGCUCCGCAGCUGGCAGACAGUCACUGAGGAGGGCGGGCUCUACAGUGCUACGAUGAGUGAGAAAAAAACCUGCAAGAAGAUUUUAGACCUGCAUCCUCAUCCAUUAUGUUGUGGCCAUGAUAACAUGUGAAUCCUGAAGCAGAGUGUAAUUUGCUUUUACAUCCCUCAAGGUGUUGUAUCCAGGUAGGGGUGGUAACCAUGGAGAGGCUGUUGCUGUGUGUGAUGCUGGCAGUUGCUAUGGCAGUGCGGGCACAGAUCUGCCCGAAGCGCUGUGUAUGUCAGAUCCUGUCACCCAACCUGGCAACCCUCUGCGCCAAGAAAGGUCUGCUGUUUGUACCUCCCAACAUUGACAGGCAUACAGUGGAGCUGCGGCUGGCGGACAACUUUGUCACAAGUGUAAAAAGGAAAGAUUUUGCAAACAUGACACGGCUGGUGGAUCUAACGUUGUCCAGAAACACCAUCUCCUACAUCACACCUCAUGCCUUUGCUGAUUUGGAAAACCUCAGAGCCCUACACCUCAACAGCAAUCGGCUGACGAGGAUAGGCAACGAUACAUUCAGCGGGAUGUCGAAGCUUCACCACCUGAUUCUGAACAACAACCAGCUGUUCCUUAUCCACCAGGGAGCAUUCAAUGAUCUGCUGGCGCUGGAAGAAUUGGACCUCAGUUACAAUAACCUAGACUCUAUUCCAUGGGAGGCCAUUCAGAGAAUGACGAGUCUCCACACUUUGAGUUUAGACCACAACAUGUUGGACUUCAUUCCAGAGGGAACUUUCUCCCUUCUACAGAAACUCAACCGACUGGAUGUCACAUCUAAUAAACUCCAAAAGCUGCCUCCAGACCCACUCUUUCAACGAGCGCAGGUUUUAGCCACGUCAGGGGUCUUGACCUCCUCUUCUUUUGCGCUGUCAUUCGGUGGGAACCCUCUCCACUGUAACUGUGAGUUACUCUGGCUGCGAAGGCUAAACAGAGAGGAUGACCUGGAGACAUGUGCCACGCCUCAGCACCUUUCUGGCCGAUACUUCUGGUCCAUCCCUGAAGAGGAGUUUCUCUGUGAGCCUCCACUCAUCACCAGAUACUCCCAUGAGAUGAGGGUCCUGGAAGGGCAGAGAGUUGCGCUCAGAUGUAAGGCAAGAGGGGACCCAGAGCCAGCCAUCCACUGGAUCUCUCCUGAGGGCAAACUUGUGUCUAAUUCCUCUAGAACAUUGGUCUACAACAAUGGAACCCUGGACAUCCUCAUCAGUACUGUGAAAGACACUGGCUCCUUCACCUGUAUCUCCUCCAACCCUGCCGGUGAAGCCCACCAAACGGUAGACCUGGUGAUCAUAAAGCUCCCCCACAUCUCCAACAACACCAACAACAUUCAAGAGCCCGACCCGGGAUCGUCGGACAUUUCCACGUCAACCCGAGGUGGUGCCAACGGGAGCAACGUGACUGGUGAUGUGAAGGGUGGGGUGGAUAAGAGGGUGGUGACAGCAGAGGCCACGUCAUCAACUGCACUGAUCAAGUUCAACUUCCAGAGGAAUAUACCAGGCAUCAGGAUGUUCCAGAUACAGUACAACGGAAGCCAGGAUGACUCACUGGUUUACAGAAUGAUCCCGCCAUCAAGCAAGAACUUUCUGGUCAACAACCUGGCAGCAGGGACCCAGUACGACUUGUGCGUUCUGGCCAUCUAUGAUGAUGUCAUCACUUCUCUGACAGCAACGCGAGUGGUUGGCUGUGUGCAGUUCACCACCGAGUCAGAGUACAUGAGAUGUCACUUCAUGCAGUCUCAGUUCCUCGGUGGAACUAUGAUCAUCAUCAUCGGAGGGAUAAUAGUGGCCUCAGUGCUCGUUUUCAUCAUCAUCCUGAUGAUACGGUACAAGGUGUGUAACCCUGGUGAGGGCGGCAAAGGCGUCUCAAUGUCGAUGACCAACGUUCACUCACAGACCAAUGGGCAGCAGUCGCAGGGUUGCACCGUGACUCCCAGCGUCUCUAAACAUGGCUCAGUCGGAUUAGACGACCUCUCAGGAGGCACAAAGAAAAGGAGUGGGGCAACAGCAGGAGGUGGGGGAAAGGAUAUGAUUACGCAGUCGUCUGAGUCCUCCACGGCUACGUCGGUUCUCACUCAGGCUUGGGCAGCAAGGAGCCCGACGGCUGAAGCCAAGGAACGGGAGAAAGUGGGAGAAGAGAGAGCUCAAAUCACCACCACCUCUCCCACCAACACCACAGGUUCCCUGCACAAACCAAAGCGGAAGCCUGCUCCAAGCAAGCCCGGCUCGGCCUGCUCCAGCGCUGCAGCAAUGGCCGAGAACUUGGCCUCCUCCUCCACUCGACCCCCAUCAUGCUCCUCCUCUUCCAAUGCUUCCUCAGCCCUCCUCCCCACAUCCUGCCCCAUCCCCCUGGAGAACCUCAACACAAACCGCAACAACUCCACCUCUCUCAACCAAACCCCACCUCCCACCUUUGCCCCUUCUCCUUUCUCCAGCCUGCUCAGCACGCCAAGCCCAGUCCCGUCGGUUCGGUACAGAGAGACGCCCAUCCUGCGCCGGGCUCCUCGCGUCGCUUCCUCCUCCCCCUCUGCCAAGUACCAGACUCUCCCUGCGGAGGAGGGAGGGAGGAGCAGGGCGAGGAGGAGGUACUCGCUCAGUGAAGGAGGUUCAAAGACUCACUCAUCCCAUCAGGGAGGAGGAGGUGCACCCAAAAUAGGGCGCAUAAUGCGGAACAAAAGGAGCCAAUCAAUGAGCGGGAUGCUGCUCCCUAAAGACGGGGAUGGAGACUCGGAUAAAGGGCGUUGUGAUUCUGACUGGAUCUUAGAAAGCACUGUUUGAACUGGAACAAGGCAGCGAUCAUAAAAUAAACUUUGGUUUAUUCAUUAUUGUUUAUCCUUCAUGUGAGUGUAUGUCUGCAGUGUGACUGUUAGUUUGAAAUUCUUUACAGGUGAAUGAAUGAACGUGAAGGCCUGUGCGUGUUGUUACUGUGUAGAAUGUGUGUUUUCAUGUUUGAAUUUUGUCUAUAGAGGAUGAUUGAGUAUUUCUGGAUGAAAGUGUGAGUGUGCCAUUUCUUUUUCAGCCUAUGUUUUUAUAAUUAUUCUUUUCAUAACUUCUCUCCACAGUUCUUUGUAUUCAGUUUACAGUUUGUUUUGUCCACUUUGACGGUAUUCGUUUUUUUGCAAUCGGUCAUUCAGCGAGUGGAUAACUUGCCUUGUCUCGUAGCGUCCUCGAGUUGUCUCGUUGGUUCCACUUUAUAGCACAAAAGAAAAAAAACAAGACAAUGGGCUCGCCACGUCAUUCCCCAGUUCACACUCACCUUAUCUGAAAACACCACAAAAAGGGAAGAAAUACAGGAAAAAAGAGGAAUACAAGAAAAUUUUACAAAGACAAGAAAAGCACAUCAUUGUUAACGUUCACACACUCACAGAGAGUUUGCAUUCUUACCGUGGCAAGAGAAAAGCAGUCGGUGCCUUCUUUUGCACUAACAGACUGUCACUAACCAAUACUAUGACCAGAUCUCUGACUCCACCACUGCUCCACGGAUGAGGGAUUGGGACGGAGGGGAUCAAUGAAGGAAGAGAGAAAUUUCACACAUAGCCUUUCUUACCUACUGCGGAGUACAGACCUUUUCUUGACAUAUAGAGACAAAACGUAACAAACAGAUGAAGACUUUAACGGACCUCUUAUGAAAUUGAUAUUUUUUAAAGGGAAGAAUAAAAAAAAACUCAACAAAAAAUAAUGAGAACAUUGUGAGCUUUUCACUGACAUUGGUAUACUACAGCCUGUGUCGGUCACAAGCUCCCAGAAAGCUUCUGUACAGAAAAAGACAACAUGUACUGUGUUGUUUUGUUGUGUAAAAUAAAAAGGGAUAAAAUGAAAA